AUGCUAGAUCAUACCGUAGUUCAAUGUGAUGUUUAUCCUCUGAUGUUUUUGUACGGUGAUAUCAGAACGGUCAAGCUGCUGAUAAAUAAUGGCACUAAUUUUCACGUGCUCGAUAAAAACGGCGCGAAUCUGAUGCACUACGCGGUUGAAAGUAUUAACCAUCAUGAUAUUGUCCAGUUAUUACUUGAAAACAAAGUAGAUGUGAAUGUUAGCUCCGACGUCGUUGGCACGCCAUUACAUCGCGCGGUUUACAAGAAUUUGUUGUUCACGGUUAGUUUGUUGGUGGACAAUAACGCUGAUAUUAGUAAAGGUGACCGUUACGGAAGAAAUCCAUUUGUCGCCGCUAUUAAUAUGGACUGGGGUAUCACCGACUAUUCUUGUAUGAAUUACCUACUUAGUCAGAAGUCGUUGGAUAUCAAUCAGGUAGACUUGGAAGGCCAGACUCUUUAUUAUCCAGAGGCAACUUACAGCUUAUUAAAUAUUCCACGAUUCGGUAUGAACCUUUUACACAGGCGGUAA